AUGAAAGACAUAGUAGAACUUUUUAUUUUGCAUGGUGCAAAAAUCAAUGAAAAAGGUAAAGAUGGAAACACUGCUCUUCAUAUUGCAGCAAAAAGAAAUGAUAUAGAAACAGUUAAACUUCUUAUUUCACAUGGUGCAAAUAUUAAUGAAAAAGGUAAAGAUGGAAACACUGCUCUUCAUAUUGCAAUGCGUCACGAUAACAAAGAAACAGCCGAAAUUCUUAUUUUACUUGGUGCAAACAUCAAUGAAAAAGAUAAAUACGGAGACACAGUUCUUCAUUAUGCAGCAGAAAGCGGUAACAAAUAA